AUGAAAUUCUUUUCAUCAGAGAAGAACCUCAGCAUCCCGUCGGACCCGUGCUUGGGCUCGUUCAGCAAAGCCGCCGCCUUGAUUUUCCUCGACUCUUUGGGGGCAUUCGUGAUGAGCAUGCGAUCGUCGACUUGUGACAGCCGAUGUCAGCGUCGAUCUUUGCGUAGCUCUGGCUUCCAUCAUUGUUUGACUGUCUCCUUGACAGCGGCGACGGAGUCGUCGGUCCUAACGGCCGAAGAACGAACGUUGUGGGCCUUUUGUUUGGUAGUAAACUUGUCCUUCUCACACGCCUUCCACUUCCUCCAAAUGUCCAUGACCAUGGUCCUCUUGAACCCAAACCAGGCCAUCACUUCCACAGGCUUCUUCCAGGCGCGAAAAGAAGCUACUACCGCUGAUCUGCGCUCAUAUUCCAUCCGGGAAAAGGUUCUUUUUAAUUUCUUCGCCCAAUUAUUUCUUUCAUUACUGUUUUCUUACUUAUCCCUCAUUUCUUUCCUUCCUUCCUUCCUUCCUUCCUUCCUUUCUUUCUUUCUUUCUUUCUUUCAUUCUUUCUUUCAUUCUUUCUUUCGUUCGUUUGUUCGUUCUGUUUAUCCUUUUCUUUUUUCUCUUUGUCAUUCUUUCUUCAAAUGA